ACAGCCGCCCUCGUGUAUUCAUUUUGCUCUCGUUCUUCUUCUUACUUUCAUGCCAAAAUUAAGCCAUGGAACCACCCCCAAAAGACAUAUCCCCAGAAGAGUACAAAGACCUCAAACCUCUCAUUGACACAUACCACAUAUUCGAACCAUCCCCAAACACACGCACAUCCCUAAUCACACAACGAAUAGAUGCCCCGGCCAGUGUUGUGUGGCCUUUGGUUAGGAAUUUUGAGAAUCCACACAAGUACAAGCACUUCAUCAAGAGUUGCAACAUGAGAGGUGAUGGUGGAGUAGGCAGCAUAAGAGAGGUAACCGUGGUUUCCGGUCUACCGGCCUCCACGAGCACCGAAAGGCUAGAGAUUUUGGAUGAUGAGAAGCACAUAUUGAGCUUUAGGGUUGUUGGGGGAGAACACAGGCUCAAGAAUUAUAAAUCUGUCACUUCUGUUAAUGAAUUCAACAAGGAUGGGAAGGUAUACACUAUUGUUUUGGAGUCUUAUAUUGUUGACAUACCAGAAGGGAAUACUAAGGAGGAUACAAAGAUGUUUGUGGACACUGUUGUCAAGUUGAAUCUUCAAAAGCUUGGUGUUGUGGCAAUGGCUUCUCUCCAUGGACAUGAUUAAAUUAAGCAAUGCUAUGUGGGUAUGAAAUUAACCUUAGUGGUCAGUAUUGCUUAUUCUCUGCUGCAAAUUGGGAUUUUUUUUUGGUCUUUCUAGUGGUCAAAGAGUUGGGAUUGCUUUGUAUUUUAGUUGAAUUUGAUAAAAUAAUAUUAUUGCAUCUUCCUAUAUAU